CAGACAUCAUUAUACAGAGGCCUGUUGCGUUGGAAGCUUCUCCUUUUUCUCUAGUGAAGGUAGAAAGCCUGCUGUAGAAGAGACUGGUAAAGCUGUUCUUGUCAAGGUGCCAAGAUGAGGACUCUAGCGAUACUGAUGUUGAUCUGUAUGGGCAAGAUGGCUUUGGCUGAGCCAGAAACUAACCAGAAUGUGACGCGGUGUGGAAGUUGCCAUUGCCGAGGCAACAAUGUUAUUAGUUGCCCUGUUUGGUAUUCAGUAUAUGUUGAGGACAUUGUCCUGACCAAUAUUACUCCUGGUGUGUUUGACAAAAUGUUUAACCGUGCUAUACAUUUGGGAUUAUCUCGUCUUCAUGUAGAGAAUGUGGCUCCGGGGUCAUUUAACAAAAACGUGGAAAGAAUUCUCUUGUCGGAGAAUAAUAUAACCAGCGUGCAACGUGGUAUCUUUAGUGGAAUGUUGGAAGAACUAAGCCUCCCUGGUAAUCGCCUGACUGCUUUGCCCGAAGAUCUGCUGACAGAUUGUCCCCACCUUCGAUCUCUUAAUAUAUGUAAUAAUAAACUGAGAGAAUUGCCAUCAGGCCUGUUCAGAAGUAAUCCGAAACUCGACUCCCUGUAUCUGAGCAAUACUUUACUUAGUGAGCUGCCGUCGGGUCUUUUCACACACAAUCCUAUAAUUCGCAGUGUUUAUUUCUACAUGAACCAUUUCCGCCUGAAUCACCAUUUGUGUGAACUGGUAGCCCCAAGGAAUUACAUGAAAGCUGUCUACGACUUCCGCCCAAGCAUGGAGGUCAAGAACUACAUUAAAGAAAACCUAUCUGAAUCCUUCUGUUACAGUAGCUGUGAAAACAUUCCAAAGAAUGAGCGUAUCUGCGAGAGUGGCUGCAUCGGGACUGUCUAUAAUUAUACUUGUGUUGCUGAUGCUGAUGCCACUUCUGGAGAUUCCACUGUCGGACAACAAUCUCCAGUGCCUACACCAGAGGUGAAUAAGACCAAUCCAGCCUUCACUGAACAUACGGGGAAAAUGGUUGUUUUCUACCUCCCAGCUGUAAAGCAUGGCUACUCAAGACAGCUGGUGGGGAUUGGACAACAUGGCUCGGUGUAUGUUUCGCAGGAAUUCAAAAAUUCUUACGUGGGUGACCGUAGCUAUAUGUUUCUCAAAUCAGGCUAUGAUAGGUAUGGUUUCCAAUAUGUUCGUUACAGCGAUGGUCGUACGUCACCUGUCGGUGCCGAGUUCUCAGUGGUGGUGAAGGAGUUCAAUCCAGAUGUCACUGAUCAUACUGGCGCACUGGUAAGAGUCCACCUACCAGCUGUAAAGCCUGGCUACACAAGACAGCUGGUGGAGAUUGGACAACGGGGCGCGGUGGAUGUUUCGAUGAGAUGGAAUUCUGAACGGCCGGAUGACACCACCGACUAUGUGAAACAAACUCCAGGCUUUCAUGUCUACGGUUUCCAAUACGUUUGUGUCAUCAAUGGUCUGAGGUCACCUAUCGGUGCCAAGUUCUCAGUGGGUACUCCCCCUGAAGGGAAGUGUGGUGUCGUCCCAACUAUCGAUUUCGGAGAGUAUCAAGUAGUCGAUGCAGGUGUUGGAAACGUAGCUACUUAUCACUGUAGCCCAGGCUAUCACAUGAUAGGAUCUGGUCUGGUGAUCUGCCAAGAAAAUGGACAAUGGUCUGAAGCCCCUUCAUGUCAUUCCUAUUGCCAACCAUUGCUUAUCCCUAAUGGUCGUAUUGAAGAGGUACUAAUUAACUAUAAUGGUCAUAAUGGCAGUUCUCUUCCUCUUGCCCAAGUUGAACCAAGAUGUGAGCGAGGUUUUGAUAGUGUGGGUAAAGCAACUUGCUCGGGAGAGCGGGCAGGAUGGGAAUAUGAAACACCAUUGUGCGAUACCGUGAAAAAUGUCCGAAAGAUGCGUCAAAAGGAGAAUGAAGCGAAGAGACUUGCAAAGAAACAGGCAGGAAGUGGAAAUGGAGGAUCGGGCGAGGGCAACAGCAUAGAACAAUCCCCGUUUGAGGAGGGCCCUGCCAGUGAAGCAUCCCAAUCGGUGGAGAGCCUCGCCGGCAAAACAUCCCAAUUGUCCAAAAAUGGGACCAAAGAAUCAACAGUUCUUCAAGCGUAACUUCACAAGAGGGUGAAACUGGGCUUUGCUAAUCCAAUGGAAUAAUUUGUACGAAUUUUCCAGCCAGAGUAUGCAUGUAUACCUGAGUUGUAGCAGGAUGGUGUGUGUGUCUGCAUGGAGUUCACCUGCAGAAGGUGUGCUAGUGUCUUGCCACAAUGUCAGCAACUGUUACACAACUCAUUAUCAUUUCCCCCUCCCCCCCCCCCCCCAUUGUUGUCACUCCCCCAACGUUGAUGAAAUCAAGUUUGCUUCUUUUUUUCCAUUUCCCUUACAUUUUCUCAUUUUCUUUUCAUUUGCCGGUGUGCAUUUGUGUCUGCAACUCGUCUGUGAUCAAAUCGCUGACACGAAAGUGAAGAUGCACAACUUCGCUAGUGCUGAAGAUUUGGGUUUGAGUACUAAAAGGAUGCAAGGAGUCCUAAUGUUAUCAAUACAUUUUGGCUUUUCUGUAUUCCCUCUAGUCCCUCUCAUCUGAGUUUUAUGCCCC